ACUCCAUAGCAACGAGUGUUAGCUACAGACUUUAUUAAUUCCCCAAAAUGGCUUUACCUCUGUUAUCUGGACGUGAACUCAACACAAAUCUGGGUAAAGAGAAGUUUCACAAAUCUCAGCAUUUUGAUUACUCAAGUGGAGUACGAUUGAUGGGAGAUGAAAAGCCAGGCAUUGGAGGAGAAUUGCUACCAGGCCAGAAAGCAAAACUCAAAUACUCAGUUUUUCCCAGAGGAGAGGUCCUGUGCUUUGAUGCUUACUUUAAAGAAGCUAUUGCUCAAAGCAGGGAGGAAAAAUACAGGAUUAGACAAUGUAAGAUUUACUUUCACUUGGAAGAUGAUACCAUACAGGUUGUGGAGCCCAAAGUUAAAAACAGUGGUAUACCACAAGGAACUCUUAUUCACCGCCAUCGCAUUCCUCUCCCUCCCCCUAAUAAUGACCAGUUUUACAAUUUUCACUCUUUUAAUAUUAACAAGGAGAUGGUGUUUUACUCCAGGACCUUUAUGAUAAUGGACUGUGACCCCUUCACACGUAAUUUCCUAAGAAAAAUGGGAGUGCGUGUUAAUGACUUAGCAACAACACCAACAGACCCCUAUACAACACUUCGUCAUGAGCUGGAGAAGAGCAUGAAGCCACUGCGCCCAUAUGAGAGACAGGAUACCUUAAAGCAGUUCCUAAACCAUGAUCGCGAUGUCCUGCGCUUUUAUUGCUACUGGAAUGAUUCAGAGAGUAUGUAUGGAGACCCCAGAGAGCUGAUCCUGCAUUACUUUUUGGCAGAUGAUACUAUAGAAAUACGAGAAGUUAUCUAUCCAAACUCCGGACGAGAUGCUGUUCCUAAAUUUUUGCACAGGAGCAAGCUUCCAAUGCAUGCUCCCACUCCCAAACGCCAGCCUGGAGAAAUAACAGACCGCACUGUUCUUAAUGUAUUUGGACCGACGGGACAAGGAGGUCGUUACAUUUUGGAUAGCCUCAAAACUGGUGCUGUUCAUGAGGAGUUCUACAAGGACUGUGAUUUGACCAUUGGAGGAGUCAUUAAUGUCUGGGGCCGGAGUGUAAUGAUCUGUGACUGUGACAACUUCACCAAAGAGUACUAUCGCUCCAAAUAUGGCAUUGAAGACUUCACACCCAUCAAGUACAAGUUCCCUCCACCUGCAAAAGCAGCCCCACAGGUACCUCCGUACACUGGCUUUGGUUCAGAAGAAGAUUCGCUUUGCUCCUGCCAGGGUCUGCUGCUCAAACCUCCUCAGAAAGACUUUAAGAAGCUAAUGGAGAAAGACAGACAGGGCCUGGUGAGCCAUGUACUAAGAUUUAUGGGCAAAAUGUUGACAGACAACCCCAUAGACAAGACACGCUCUUUUAUCAUCUCCUACUACCUUAGUGAUGACACUAUAUCAGUGUUUGAACCCUCCCAGAAAAACUCAGGGUUGAUUGGAGGUAAAUAUUUGGAGAGAAGUCGAGUGAAGAAACCAACACAGGAGAUCUUUAAGAGUGAGAUGUCUGAAUACUACAAAGCUCAGGACAUGUAUGUGGGAGCCACGCUCAAUAUAAACAACCAGUUCUUCCAGUUAAUGGACGCUGAUGAGUAUGCAGUCAACUAUAUGGAGCAGCAUGCAGAAGAGUUUCCCAGGGCCAAUAUUGGCACCAUUCUAAGCAAGUUAAAGUCCAUCAGUGAAGAGAAGCAGAGGGAAAUGAGAAAGUUCCUAGCACUAAGUGAUCCAGGCAGCACUGCAUACAUUCCUCAUGAGUCCUUCAGGUCUCUGUUGACAGAUUUAAAUUGUCAGCUGUCGGAGCAUGAGAUUAUGGUGUUGGGUCGUACCUACUUGGUACGAGAACAGCCUGAGCUGGACGUUGGCCUUAUGCUGGCCAUUGCUCAGAAUUACCUGAGGAAGAAACAAUUUGAGAACUUCUCAGACAUGCUGCGAGCUUUUACACAUGAGGACCAGGACAGAAGUGGAUAUAUUUCCAUUAAAGAGGCUUGGAUUGUAUGCAAAAGUUUCCGCUUGCCACUGGACGAUGACCUUUUGAGAGCCCUUCUGCACAAAUUUGAGAAUGAUUCUGGCAAGAUGGACUACAAUGCUUUUCUCUCAGGGAUCAACUGGAGAGAGAAUGCCUGUCCACCGCUUCCACCAGAUGUUGCCUUGAAGUUUGAUAUAGACUGGAAAGGAGAAGCUGUAGGUCCUGCAGUAAAAAAUGUCAACUACACACUGUUACUGGAGGACGUCUUUCACAAUACUGACAUCAGUGAAAUCAGCUAAAAGAAAUGGACACCUCCCCUCCCCCAUAGACAUCUGCACACAACUUAAAGAACAUGGUAUAACAUGCAAUUUUAAGAGAGGAAAGUGUUAUUAAUAAACAUUGCUCUUAUUACUUUAA